CCAAGCAUUUGAAGGUGGACAUUGACCCACCACUUUCAGACCUUAAUUAUUUUGCCCACUUUCCAAGGCUCGCCAUUUCAACUACCUCUACGGGACCAUACAUUACCGUUCCGUUUUGUGCCAGUUAUCCCCUUAUUUCCACCGACCGCCGUUUCCUCUUUCUUGUCGCUUCCUUUUUCUCUGGAGUUUAAAACCCCUCGCAUUCUCAGUCAGUACUCACUCUGCACGCUUUUCACUUCUCGCCUUAUCUCUUGAAGUCGCCGCAGAUCUCCUCCCAAUGGCCAAGGUCAAGAUUGGAAUCAAUGGAUUUGGAAGGAUUGGGAGGUUGGUAGCGAGGGUUGCUCUGCAGAGAAACGAUGUUGAACUCGUUGCUGUUAACGAUCCUUUUAUCACCACUGAUUACAUGACCUACAUGUUCAAGUACGACAGUGUUCAUGGCCAGUGGAAGCACCAAGAUGUGAAGGUCAAGGAUUCCAAGACCCUUCUCUUUGGUCAGCAGGCUGUUACUGUUUUUGGCAUCAGGAAUCCGGAGGAGAUCCCGUGGGCUGAGACCGGAGCCGAGUAUAUUGUAGAGUCCACUGGUGUCUUCACAGACAAAGACAAAGCCGCUGCGCAUUUGAAGGGUGGUGCAAAGAAGGUUAUCAUCUCAGCUCCCAGCAAGGAUGCUCCCAUGUUUGUUGUGGGAGUCAAUGAGAAAGAGUACAAACCAGAACUUGAUGUCAUAUCAAAUGCUAGCUGCACCACCAACUGUCUUGCUCCUCUUGCAAAGGUAAUUAACGAUAGAUUUGGCAUUGUUGAGGGCUUGAUGACCACAGUUCACUCAAUGACUGCCACCCAAAAAACUGUUGAUGGACCGUCUAGCAAAGACUGGAGAGGUGGAAGAGCUGCUUCAUUCAACAUCAUUCCUAGCAGUACUGGAGCUGCCAAGGCUGUCGGCAAAGUGCUGCCUGCACUGAAUGGAAAAUUGACCGGAAUGGCUUUCCGGGUUCCUACUAUUGAUGUCUCGGUAGUUGACCUUACAGUGAGGUUGGAGAAGCCAGCGUCUUAUGAAGACAUCAAAGCUGCCAUCAAGGAGGAGUCUGAGGGGAAGUUGAAAGGAAUUUUGGGUUACACCGAGGAUGAGGUGGUGUCCACUGAUUUUGUUGGUGACAACAGGUCAAGUAUUUUCGACGCCAAGGCCGGGAUUGCCCUGAACGAAAAGUAUGUGAAGCUCGUCGCGUGGUACGACAACGAGUUAGGCUACAGUACUCGUGUUAUUGACUUGAUUGUUCACGUCGCAUCUGUCAAUUAAGAUAAGAUGCAUUCAUCGAGUGCCGGUAGCUUUCUCCUUCAGCUUUUCUUGAGGCUCCAUCCAUGAGUUGGGAAAUAAAAGAGUUUUCAGGCUUUUCUUUAUUCUGUGAACUUCCAUUUUCUGAAAGUUCUGUUCUGUGACUUCAAUUUUCACCCUGUAUUUUGUUCUUCAUGAGUGAAGAUAUCCAUGCUUUCAUUUAUAAUUCCCGUCGACAUAUUCGUAAAUUUGAGUUAUGGAUAUUGAGUUUUAGACUAUUGACGAUCCGAUGUUAUCUACUAUUUUGUUAGCAUUAUGAUAUCCAAGGAAAUUGGAUGUUA